AUGGCCCAGGGUGCGGCGAAUCAAUACCAUGAUGCCAUCCGGAAACAGAAGAAAAAGCAUUGGAAUGAAUUCCCUGCAGACAACGACAACAUAUGUAAAGCAGCGAAGUACCUGAAAUCCGGGGAUGAUUCGGCAUUUGGGAGACUACCGCAGCUUGUGAAAGCAGAUGGGAUCACCACCACUGACCAUAGGGAGCAAGCAGGGGAGAUGCCGGCCACCACCCUGGAGGAAGUAGAACGACAGCUCUUUGCAGCGAAAUCGUGGAAGGCGCCGGGAGAGGACGGUCUACCGGCGAUAGUUUGGAAGAUGAUAUGGCUCACGGUCAAGUACAGGGUACUUGAACUAUUCCAUGCGUCGCUGGCAGAGGGCACGUUGCCAAGGCAGUGGCGACAUGCGAAGAUCAUACCGCUCAAGAAAUCGAAUAAACAAGACUACACCAUUGCAAAGGCGUGGAGGCCAAUUUCACUCCUAGCGACACUGUGA